CAACAGCAAUACACCAACCACACUCUGACUACCUUUAGGCCUGUCUAUCCCUCUAGCAGACAUCUCACCCGAAAUGACCGUCAUACGUAUCGUCUCGAUCGCGCUGCGAGUCGCGCAGUUCAUCACGGCGGCCGUCGUCCUCGGCCUGACCGCCUUCUUCCUGCACCAGUACGACAAGUACCACAUCGGCCCCUUCAACCGUCUUGUCUACAGCGUCGUGAUUGCAGCCCUUUCUGUAUGGCUCUCGCUCCUCUGGGUAGUCCUUCCCCACGCAACCUGGGCUCACUUCGGCACCGACCUCAUCUUCUGCGCCGCCUGGUUCGCCGUCUUCGGUCUCCUGCAGGACUACUACGACGACAGCAUGAAAUGCGGCAGCAUGUGGGCGUGGAACAAUAUCGACCUCACUAAUAACUACUGCGGGCAGUGGAACGCUGCGCAGGCGUUUAGCUUCCUCGCCGCAGUAUUCUGGUUCGCGAGCUUCAUUGUUGGUAUCCUGGCCUGGAGUAAGGCGAGACACUCUCCUGUCGCUACGGAUGGCGCGCCUGCAAGGCGUGGUUUCUUCCGCAGAGCACCCAGGUCUCAGGUUUAAAUUUCUGCAAAAUCUUGUGCAAAGGAGCUCCGGGCAAGAGUUUGUGAGAUGACACAGCUCAAUUUGAAUAACAAGGACGUGAGUGGCCAUGCAGGAGCUCUUCUGAGGAGGGGUCUGGACUGGAGCGAUGUGAAUCAUGGAUAAGGGCGUUCAAUCUUUUUUUCUUUCUUGGUUAUGGAUUGGUAGCUGGCAUGCAACCGCUAAUGGACACAAAGGGGCAGGCAACUUGCAGAGUCUUGGGUAAGCUAUGGAAUUACAAGGCAUGAGUUCAACUGGCACAUCAUAA